CGCACGUUCACACACUCAUAUAUCGCAGGUUCUUGCCCCCAUACCUUGCCUACGUAGCGUGCCUAUGCUGCACGCUCUCAGGGUACUACCUCAUGCGCAUAUAAGAGGCACGCGUCGAGGUCGGCAUUGGGGCUGCAUACCUGACCCGGGAUGGAGCUGGCGUUGGUAUGCAGGUGCCUGAGGGCUAGAUGUGCCCUCGAACGUAUGAAGUAGCAGGUAACGGCCAACCGGUAACCCGCCGAGUCUAACCCAAGACGGGCCCAACUCAAUAGCGCCAUCCUGAACUACUUGAACGGCAGACUCCCGUAUCCUGGGAUAUCUCUACCUUGGAAAUCUGCCGAGGCACAUAAUAAAUACAAUCGCUAGCAACCGAAGCUGGGGGGACCUGGUUCCCUCCUUUUUGCUCUCUUUUCUUCCUGGUUCCUCUUCUCUCGUCUCCAGAUCUGAACGCUCGCUACUCCAACCACUUGGCUGACUUCGACACCCCAUUUGGACGAGGCUGCCCCGGAGGAACAUGCGCUUUGCAGCGGCAGCAGCGGCAGCGGCAGCGGCCUUAGUCGCUACCGCGGCCCGCUCUGGUAACGGCCCGGACUCGGAGGCCGCGGGGGCCUCGGGGCUCACGCCCUACGCGGAUGGUGGACAAUUCCCGCUGUCGGAGCAGCAGCAGAGGCGCCCGCUGGGAUACGAACAAGAGCGAGGCCCAGAAUUCGUGCGAGAGGAGGAAGAGGGAGAACAAGUAGGGGGAGGAGGGCGAGGGGAAGGGCCGAGACGCGAGACGAGAAGGCGGCGGCCCAACAUCGUGGUCGUACUGACGGACGACCAGGACGCGGCGCUGGGGUCGCUGGAGCACAUGCCCCGCGCGCGGCGGCACCUGAUCGAGCGGGGCACGCUGUUUUCCCGGCACUAUGCGACGACGGCCGUGUGCUGCCCGUCGCGUGUGAGCCUGUGGACCGGCCGGCUCGCGCACAACACUAACGUGACGGACGUGAGCCCGCCGUACGGCGGCUAUCCCAAGUUCAUCUCGCAAGGCUUCAACGACAACUACCUUCCCGUCUGGCUCCAAGAGGCCGGGUAUAACACCUACUAUACGGGGAAGCUAUUCAACGCCCACACCGUCGACAACUGGAACUCACCGCAUCCGCGCGGGUUCACAAGUUCGGACUUCCUCCUCGACCCGCACACCUACGACUACCUCAACAGCACAUUCCAGCGCGACGACGAGCCGCCGCGUAGCUACGAGGGCCAGUACAGCACCGACGUGCUCGCCGACAAGGCCUACAACUUGCUGGAAGCCGGCAUCCGCGGCGUCGAGAGCGACGGAAAGCCCUUCUUCCUUGUCGCCGCGCCCAUCGCGCCCCACGCCAACGUCAAGAUGGGCAUCAAUAGUGGCGCCCCAGGUGCUGCCGCGGAUCUCGGCUCCGUCCUGUUCACCGAGCCCGUACCGGCGGAGCGCCACAAGCACUUGUUCCCGGACGCCCGGGUGCCGCGGACCGCCAAUUUCAACCCGGAGGAGCCCUCGGGCGCGAACUGGGUACUCGCACUGCCGCGGCAGAACGAGACCAACGUCGAGUACAACGACCACUUCUACCGGCAGCGGCUGCGGUCGCUGCAGGCGGUCGACGAGCUCGUUGAAGGGCUCGUGACGCGGCUCGCGGACGGCGGCGUGCUCGACGACACGUACAUCUUUUACACGAGCGAUAACGGGUACCACAUCGGCCAGCACCGGCUGCAGCCGGGGAAGACGUGCGGCUACGAAGAGGACGUCAACGUGCCGCUGCUCGUGCGCGGGCCCGGCGUCGCCGCGAACUACAGCACCGCCGCCGCAGUCGCCGACGGUAACGGCGACGAUAGGGGCGAAGGCCUCGUGACUACGCACGUCGACCUGGUGCCUACCUUCUUCGAGCUCCUGGGCUUACCGCCGCGGGACGACUUCGACGGCGCCGCGAUCCCCGUCACGCGGGCGGCGAUUGAGGAGGCUAAGAAGGCGGAAGAGCGCCGCGAGCACGCCGGGAUAGAGUACUGGGGGUUCGCGAUGGGCGAGGGCAUAUACAACCGUGAGCACCAAUGUCUCUUUGCGAACCGUCUCACCACCGCUGCUGCUUUUUGGCUUUCCCCCCUCUCUCCUUACCUCUAGAGACGGUCGACGAUCUAACCGGAUAUACAUCCACCCCACCACCGCAGGCGACCCUCGGGACCUCAACACGUACAAAGCGGUCCGGAUCUCGGGGCCGGGCUACAACCUGUACUACUCGGUGUGGUGCACCAACGAGCACGAGCUCUACGACAUGAACACCGACCCGGGCCAGCUGCACAACCUCCUGGCGUCCAACGCCUCCGCCGCGGCCGCCUCGCCCGCGGCGCCGGCGUCGUCGCCGCACC